CACUGAAUCCCAGAAAGGACUGGAGCUGUCUCCCGGCUUCCGCUUCUGCUUCUGGGCCCUAAAGCCCGGAUCCUCAGGUAAAUUCGAAACAGCUGUGAUCUUUUUUUUUUUUUUCUAUCAGCAAUUUCUAUGAGCAUAUAUAGGUGGGUAAGGAUAUGCGUAUAGAUGUGGAUGCAUGCAGCACCCAGGUCUGCAAGUUCUUCCUAAUAUUAGCGUGUAGUAGUUAGGAACAAGCUCCGCCCCUUGACCAUAUAGUCAAACGGGGAUGGGGCUGGGAUUGGUCGGGGCUCGGGGGUAACACCUGCUCGACUCCUUCAUUCAAGUGACACCAGAGCUUCCAGGGAUAUUUGAAGCACCAUCCUUUCCAUUCCUGGGCACUUCCACAGCUCUGGCAACGGCACGGGUCACAUGCUCCCCGAAGAGAGGUUACAGAGCUCCCUUUCCGAGCACUCUCUGGAGUCAGAAAGGAGGAGGAGGAGGAAAAAGGAGAAGGAGGAAGAGUGGAAGGAGGAGGAGAAUACUCGAAGGAAGAGGAAGGGAACACAAAGAGUAAAGGUUCUCAGAGCGGGAGCUUUGUAACUGCAACCAUGUGUGUGGAGCGGUUCAUCCAAUUAGUGACCCUGGCGUUGGUGUUGGUCAGCUUCGAUCCGGUGCUGGGGACUGAAGCUACUAAUCCACCCGAAGGGACGCAGGAUAGAGCCAUUCCGCAGAAAGGGCGGCUCUCCUUGCAAAACACAGCGGAAAUCCAGCAUUGCUUGGUGAAUGCUGGCGACGUGGGAUGUGGAGUAUUUGAGUGUUUUGAAAACAACUCCUGUGAGAUUCGAGGCUUGCAUGAUAUUUGCAUGACCUUCCUACACAACGCUGGAAAAUUUGAUGCCCAGGGUAAAUCCUUCAUCAAAGAUGCUCUGAAAUGUAAAGCCCAUGCUCUGAGGCACAAGUUCAGCUGCAUCAGCCGGAAGUGCCCAGCCAUCAAAGAGAUGGUAUUCCAGUUACAACGGGAAUGCUACCUAAAACACAACCUCUGCUCUGCUGCCAAAGAGAACAUACAAGUGAUGGUGGAGAUGAUUCAUUUCAAAGAUCUGCUAGUGCACGAACCCUAUGUAGACCUGGUGAACAUGCUGCUGACCUGUGGGGAAGAAGUGAAGGAGGCCAUCACCCGAAGUGUGCAGGCUCAGUGUGAACAGAACUGGGGAAGCCUUUGUUCCAUAUUGAGCUUCUGUACCUCAGCUACUCAGGGGGAGCCAGCAGCCACUCCCAACAGACAGCUGCAGACCGAAGGAUCCAAGACCAUCCAGGCUCAUCCAGGAGAUCCAGGAUACCACCUCCCAGAGUCAAGUGGGAGGGAUGCUCCCAGAGGUGCCAAGGGGGAAAAAGGUAGCAAGACUCACCUAAAUGCCCACAUCCGGGGCAAAGCUGGGGGCCAUGGAGGUCAGGGAUCCCGGGGAAGUAAAGAGUGGGAGGAUGAACGGUCUGAGUAUUCAGACAUCCGGAGGUGAAAAUAUAUGCUCAUGAUCAUGAAAUCUUUCCUCCAUACAGUCCAUUUUCUUAUCUAUGGACAUUCCAAAACAUUUACCAUUAAAGAGGGGGGAUGUCACAUGCAGGGUAUUAAGGGAAUCGUGGACUUCAUCAAAGGUGUAUAAAUAAGUGGAAGGGGCAGCUGAGAUGGAGACUCCAAGAGCAGUCAGCUCUUGGUUGGACCUGGUGAAUUCAGCACUUACACAUAUUCAAGUGAGUGCUCCAAAUGUUGUCCUCAUUUUAACUUUUGUCUUCUUUUGAGCAAUAGAGCCAAGUGGAUGUCAGUCUGAUGGUUUGCUCUGUUGUGGGGGUGGGGGGGAUGUGAAUUAGGGAGGGGAGGGGCAGGGUUGGACAUUUCUACUUGGGUCCAGCCAUUUCACCAACACUAGGCUCAGCUCUGUGACUUUUGGUGCUGUCUUCCCAAAGAGUGGUUGGGGUCCCUGGGGAUUUGGAUUCAGAUACAGCUGUGAAUGUCAAGUCAUCAUUGGGAAUACAGGGAAGAAGAAGGGCUGAGAGAAAGAGGAGAGUCAGCUGUGAUGCUUGGUAUGAAGCUGAAAUUGGGUUUCUUGCCCAGGUCCUUGAUACAGAGAACUCUGGGUUUUGUUCUGAGCCAUUGUUCCCUGUAUGAGUGAAACUGCUUGUUUAAGUGGCCCCCACAUGUAUCUUAACCACUGCUUUACUCCACAAUUUGGCUUUUUAUUUAUCCAAUGACAUCUACUUGUCUGUUGUCUAAAUAAAUGGCUUUUAAACAAGGCUACCUGGUCAUUAAAACCAUGGGAUCCUAAGAGUUAGCUGGAAAAGACUUUAGAAAUCAUCUAUUUCUGUCAUCUAAAUAAAUGUGUUUAGAUAAGACAACUAGGUCAUUAAAAAAUAUACAUAGGUUGCUAACUAGAAGUGACCUUUAGGAUCUAGUCCAACCAUCUCAUUUUACAGAUCAGGAAACUAAAGAAGUCAAGUAAAUUACUCCUAGUCGUACAAGAAGUGAGUUACCCAGCUGAGUUUCUAACCUAUGUCUUCUGACUCCAAAUCAAGGACUCUAUCCUCUGCCAUUCCUCCCUGUUAGUUUUUCUUUCAUUUUUCCCCACCAUUAAGCACCUACUGCAAUUCAAAAUACUGGGCUAUGAUCCCAUGCAUAUAAUGGAAAUAUACACUGUUCUUUGAGUUCAUUUUCUAAAAGUUAUGGUUAAACCAUUAAUAGAAUCCAGGCAGAAGCCCUAUAAAUGAAUGUAUAAGUAAUGUAAACUUUUAGCCCCUUAGAAAAAGGGGCUCCUUUCCUCCAAUGAGGAGGAAACACACACACACACUCUCUCUCUCUCUGCAUCUGGCAGAGCCUCUCCUAAGAAUUUUGUUUCUCUCCAUUAUCAGAUUGCUAAGGAACAGCUUCCACUAUUUGUUUCCUGGAGCUAUGUCUAAAACAGGGGUCUGUGUUGCCAGCAUCCAAGAGGAGAAAAAAGAAAAGGUGUGAGGUGGGAGUACCUACUGUUUUGGGAAGACAGUCCAUUUUGAGAAGAGCCUGAAAUUCAAUUCCCAAGGAAGGAGAGUCAAAGGUUUCCAAGGAAGAAGCAGGUUAACAUGAAGAAAUGAAAGAAAUGGAGAGAGGAAGGAAAUAGUAGGCUUAGACCCAUUAUCACUAUUAAUGAAUCUCUGACUCAAAUUCCCAUCUUCCUAGCUCUUGACUUCUAAGACUGUCAGAUAAAAUGGAAUCCUUUUUUGCCUCUAUCAGAUACUAUCCAGGGUACUAUGAACACUAUGGGGGUAGAUUCUUCCUUCCCCUAAGAAGAGAAUCCAAAAUAUUUCUGUCAGAGAUGUGCAUAUUAGCCUAUUCUCCCUUAGAAGAAUCUUAAGGAGAAGGGCAGAAAAAGGGAAAGUCAAAGCUUAAGUUCCUUCUCUGUCUAACUCUCUGCCCUGCCAAAGGCUAGUCUUAAGGGUCUCAACCCCCUCUUUGUCAUCUCACCCUUGCAUGAUUCAUAGCUCCACUAGGGCUGGAGGGAGGAUUCACCAAAACCAGCUUCUGCCUAUUAAUACCAUAUUCUGCUGCCAGGAAAACCAAGGACUGAUUAUUGAGUUCCUCAUGCCACUGCCUUAAUGGGGAAGGAGUAAGCCCAUCUGGGGCUCCCCAUCAUUUCACAGGCCACCUGAGCAGAAUCAUUUUGAUUGCCAGAGAUAUAGCCAUGACUCUUGCAUCAAUCAGCUGAAUCCCAGUUUCCUGGGAUUGGUCUUGUCUGUAGCAUGACUUUUUCUAUUUCCUCAGUGUAAAUAUGUUGUGUUUAAUCAUCUACUGGCAUCUCAUGUUAUUGCUGCAAUUGUAAAUACUUAAUCUUUGUAUUUAUUAUUUUCCUGUCUUCAUUUCAGAUAUAAAUGGCUUACUCUGGAAAUUUAA